AGUGGGAAGUACACUGACUAGACCUAGCCGUCUAGCCACGGCUACAGUCCCUAGCCACCAUAACGUGGCAUGGUAGGGAGGCCACAGAGGUGGUCUUUUGGCGUGGUUUGGAAUUCGAUAAUUCAUUCGACAGCGGGAUUAAACCUUCUUGUGGAGUAACCUCACUGAACGGCGUCAUCCAACGGCGCUUCAUACAAAGCUUGAUACGACUUCACUGGCUUGGUGCGGUGGACUGGAUCGUGCAAGGUGUGCGGAUGAAGUUAUCGGAAUCUGCUACUCAUUUGUAUCCACUGCCAGCAUCGACUUCCGUUGCACCAUUGUACAGCACAUUUCUGCAUAGCGAAGCUGCUGAGUUGAUCGCAUACUACCCAGGCGCUUGUGUUAUUCACAAGGAAAGACAGCCUGGAUGCAAGAAGACGAUCAAAGCAACCUGCGUAAUCUUCUAUGCUAUAUUGUUGAGUGGGUUUUCUUUUUCUUCUUUCCUAUUAUGUAGUCAUCCACCACUACCUUGAGCUGUAUCCUAGUAUGUUUCAAAUGAAUGGUGCUGUUGCUUCAAAUAAUGCCAGCUUUUCUUACACUGCUGUGGAAACUCUGAACAGUCAAGGACUUGUGAGACAGUAUAGUUAUUUCAGUUCUACUUACCUUGUUGUGGUAAAACCAAUAAGUCUGUCACUCGUGUCGUGUCACGAAAAUUUUGAUGAUACAGUCUCUUUCGAGGUGAUUCCCACACUUUUGCCAUCACCACUCACACCAGUUACACCCCUGCGCUUGGCUUCCAGCACCGCUUGCCCUGUGGCAAACCUUUUAAGACAACCUUUUUUGCAAACAACUCCACCACAACUUGCAGCUGCAAAUGUGGAAUUGUGUCCAUUCCUUCGCCCAAUUUCAGGAGUACUGUCGUCUGUGCCAUCAUUCCAACCUUCGUCAUGUACUAACUUUGUUCCAGAUACCCCAUUGCCUAAUCAGAUAUCACAGAUAGGCCAACGCACUUCUGGUUUCCAGCCAAGAGCCUUGCGUCGCUUGUUGCCAAAGGUAACCACAGAGUCAGUCAAACCGCCUGUUUCUACUGAAAAUACAUACAGCUACAAGGGUCUCGAAGCCAGUGGAGUGCAUUGCAACAGCAACUCUUCACCAAUGGGCAAAACAUCAUCUUUCAGUCAUCUUAGAGGGCCUGCAACAUACUGCCAGACUUCUAGCUCAACAAGCAUUGCCGCUAGAGCUUCAGUAAAGGUGCCUGCAAGUGUGAAUGCAGUAGCAGAGGCUAACAUACAAGUGACAAGUAAUAUGAUGCUGCCAACAAAACCUAAAGAAACAUCUCCAUCAUUGGUGGAAAAAGAGAACAAAGAUAUAGUGUGCAGUGUGGAAAAGCAUGCAAGGCAUAUGCAGCCCAGUGCAGUGCAAACAAAGGUUUCUGAGCAGAGCACAAUCUCUCAAUCUUUUGACAGUUGCAAUGUACUAAAACCAAAUGUGUCACCUGUUCACUGCACUGUCAAUAACUCAAGGCAUGAAUUUCAUGCAGUAGAACCUCGCACUUCUACUAGCACCCACGACUCUACAGGUGUUUUCAUGGAUGCAGAGAAUGAACCUCUUAGCAAUUACCUUCUCUCGGGAAAAGAAGGAAGGUCACUGUGUAUUGAUGACUCUGUCAGCUUGGAGCAAGACUCUCUUGAAAAAGAAGCUCACCUUUCAACUGUCUCACAUAAUCCUACACGAGUCGCCAUAGAAGAAGAGAACAUACCAGCUCUUGACUGUUACUACAGAUCCAAAAAAGUUGAUUGGUCCCUUCAUGUUGACAGUGCCACCAACAACUCAGGCCACCAGUUUGUUAAAACAGUUCUAGAUGUUCGUAAGCGAUGCACCACUCUUGAUUCAGGUGAACCAGUCAGAAGCUUCCAAGCUCUUGUCACUUGCAGCACAUCACAAAUAAAUAAAACAGAUCAUUUUCAUGGUGCUGCCGAUGACUCAAAGUGCCAUUUCAAUGAAUCAGUGCUGGAUGCUUGUAUUAUGACAAAUGUGUCUGCAGGGACGACUGUAGGUAAUGAAAACUCACAAGCACAUCGCAGCUGCUCUGCCUUGGAGAAAAAUAGUUGGUCACAGCUUAUUGACCAUGCUGUUACGAACUCAGGUAAUCAGUUCCAUGGAGUAAGACCUGACACUCGUAUAAAUUCCAAUGAUUCUGCAAGCAUUGCUGUGGAUAAUAAUGUUCCGGUACAGGACAAAAAAGUUUGCCAUCUCGUUUGGCAAGAUGAUGACAUUUCUGAAGAAGUUUUUUCCUUCACUGAUAUUGGUUGUGAGCAAGAGAAGGCUGAAGUGCAGGGUGAAGCGAACAGUUGCAGCGAUGAUUUAAAGCUUGUUGACAGCAACAGGCAACCUGAAAGUAAAGGAGCAAAAUCAUCCUUUGUUCGGAGAAAACAACCAGUACGAGCUUGCAAAUGCCUAGUCUCAUCUGCUAGCAACAAAACUACUGUAUUGGAGCGAAAACCUCAAAAGGCAAAUAAACGAGAGACGUCGCACCUCACCAUCUCGGUGCCAAACUGCAUUGGCCGUCCAUGCAUUGUUGUCAUGGGUCGACUAAAUGACAAGAUGAUAAAAUUUGGUUAUGUUAAUUUGAAGACUGUGAAGGAAGAAACUCUUUUCAUACGCAGUAGAUCACUUGAAGUAAAAUUGCUCCCAGGAAAGAUCAUUUCAGUUGCCAGCUGUGCGACAUUACCAGAUAUCCAUGAUCAACCAUCCAAAAGGGAGUCUACUGAACAAACACAGGGUGAUGAUUUGUCAAAACUACUGGAGGAACGUCGUGCCUACAUGAGCCAGCUGCAUUCAGUUUUUCACACUACUGAUCUCAGCUCGAUGUGAUGCUGUAGUAUUGGGUGCCAUAAACUGUUUUCUCCAUUCUCCUUCAUUAUAUUUUUUAUUGCACAUUUGUCAUGUUCUUUAUGCUAUGUAUAAUGACACUGUCGUGUUCUAGAGAAGCAUUAGUGUCUUCUGUGAAGGAACUAUAGUUGGUAAUUUUCAGUGUUGUAACCAAACUGAUCAUACCAUGUAACUUUUCAUUUUAGCUAGGCUUGU